CAUUAUUAGACUUUAAAAGUCGUUAGAAAAAGAAUACAGUACAAAUAAAAAUAUAAACUCAUAUAACUGACUGUUAUAGCAAGUUCCACUGGAAUGUAUGGUUUUUCACUUGUGGAAUUUGAGUUAUCAUGAGUAAGAAAGAGAGCGAGAGAGCAAGAGAGAGAGAGAGAGAGAGAGAGAGAGAGAGAGAGAGAGAGAGACGCCAUAAGACACCAUAGAAUACACUUUUCACUUGUGCAUGUGUGAUGAGAUGUCCAGCUCCUCUCUGGAAGCCCAUAACCUGAGGUGAGAUAGAUAAAGGAGCCCAGAGUCCAGGCACUGACUACAGACUGGUCAUCAGCACAAAGGCGACAUGGCAGUGUCAAAUGAUGCCUCUGCAGUGUCAUCCAUGGAUUUCAAGAAAUGCAGAAAGUUCCAUGUCUUUUUGGUUCUCGUCCUGGUCUUUGUCAUCAGUUACAGCGUCUCAUACAAGUGGUCGAUCAGUGGAAGAUGGCGGGAGACAGUACGCAGGAAGGUCAACAUUCUGAUCUGGCACUGGCCCUUUGGAAACAUCUCCACAUUGCAGAGGGACGAGUGCUGGGACAGUUACCAUGUCCCUGGCUGCAACCUUGUGGACAACCGUAGUCUCUUCCCUCAGGCUGACGUGGUGAUCUACCACAACCGUGAACUGCAAAAUGGCGUUUCCAAGCUGCCCCUUGACCUUCCUCGCCUGCCAGCACAAAAGUGGGUGUGGCUUUCCCUGGAGUCUCCAGCCCAUAAUGGGGACCUGAGACGUUAUGGAGGCCUGUUCAACUGGACCAUGACAUACAGGAAUGAUGCUGACAUCUCCGUACCCUAUGGGGAGCUGGUUCCCAGAACAACCAAAGGUAAUUAUACUAUCCCUGCUAAGAAAACCCUGGUCUGCUGGGUGGUCAGCAACUACCAGUCAAGUCACAAAAGAUCUACAGUAUACAUGAGUCUGAAGAGCCUGAUCCCUGUGGAGGUUUAUGGACGAUGGGCUAAUAAGCCACUAAAUGACGACCAGGUGUUACCUACUAUUUCUCAGUGCUACUUCUACCUGGCCUUUGAGAACUCACAGCAUACAGACUACAUAACAGAGAAGCUGUGGUACAAUGCCUUUCUGGCUGGCACUGUGCCGGUGGUGUUGGGCCCACCUCGAGCUAACUACGAGGCCUACAUUCCUAAAGACUCCUUCAUCCACGUGGACGACUUUGCCUCCAUUACAGAACUGGCCACUUUCUUAAACGAGUUAGCCUCAGACAAAGAGCGAUACAACUCAUACUUCCGUUGGCGCAGUGAUUAUUAUGUUAAAUUGUUCCAUAGCUGGUCAGAGCAAUUUUGCCAAAUUUGUCAAAUAUAUGAACGCCUGCCACCCAGAAAGAUCUAUGAUGACCUGGAUUCCUGGUCCAAGCAUGAACCAUGAACUUAAUCUAGGACAGCAUUCCUAUAGCUAUGAGAAAAAAACAAGAUAUAGUGUAUGUGGUUUAUUUUUAUUAAAUAUAUAUAAUAAUUUAAAAAUCAAGCCUUUAUUAAUAAAUCAUUAUGACUAAUGCAUUACAAUUUGUUAGUAGACAUUUCACAGAUGUUGAUAAUACUGUUGAUGUUGAUAUUAAUGCUGAUUCUGCCAUUCUACCCGAUUCAUGUAAAUGUUGAUGUGGUUUUCUUUUACAUAGACUAUUUUUGUACAUAUUGAAUUAGUCCAAUUUCUAAAUUUCCAUCUAUUGCAAUGAGUUCAAGAACUGAAACUCAUAACUUUUCCAUAAUUUAGAAACAGUAGAAAAUUGAAAAUGUUGAACAAAGACAAAGUGGCACCUUUCUGUUAUGGUAUUUUGUGAAUAUUUCAACACAGUGGAGAUAUUUGACUUCAUUUGAUGGAACCUAAGAAGCUUUACUGUUGAGAUCAUGCACUUUGGUGUCCCUGUGUGCCAGACCCAUCCAAAACAAACCCAGGAUUGUCAUGACCUGCGUUUACGAUCCUCGUGUGUGCCACGCCCCCUCAUGUGUGCCACGCCCCCUGUUCAACCACGUGUGCUCCCGAUUGUGCCAAGCUGUUUUCCAUCAGUCUGAUAUGUUCUGUGUAUUUAGUGCGCGUCUGAGUCCGUUUUCCCCAGAUCUGUCAUUAAUGUUACUUUGUCGCUGCCCUGUACUUCACUGGUUUCCCCAUAAAUAAGCCCUUGUGUCCUGGAUCUUCGCCUGCCUGCCUCGUCCUUACAAGCUUCCUGCCUGCCUCGUCCUUACCCGCUUCCUGCCUACUCACCGGACAGCGGUCGUAACAGAAUGACGGAUCUCCCUCAAGAUGCACCGCGGCAGAUCGAGGACCAGCGCCUGGGUCUGCUGCAAUAAGUUUUAUACUGGCUCAACCAACCCGAGGUCUGGGAGGACCCCGCAGCCGGAGUGGGACCCUCCUCAGUGGGAUGUCCCCACCCAGAAGCACGGACACAUUUCGUGCUGUCCGUAAAAAUCUCUGGCAGCUCACGGACAUAAUGACAGAGAGGCGGCUCCGGCUGGUCAUGCAGCCUGCCAGGGAGGGUACCGACUGCCUACCUGAAGUUUCUGAGGUGCUUCCAGCUUCACCGCCCCAAAAGAACCGGAGGAAAAAGAAGAAGCGGAAAGAGAGAAGACCAGAAGGAGAGUCCACCAUCUUUCUGGGGUCCGUCUCCAUUGCCGCUUCUUCCCCUGCUGAAUAUCGGGAGGAUGUUCUAUCAAUCAGACACCCAGCGGUGUUCCCCCUAGACGUCGCCACAGCCGCUUCGCGGACUCAGGUGCCCAAAGCCCGCAUUACGGCCACUGAGCUGCCACCGCUAGCAGCAUACCCCUUCCGGGAAGCACGCCUGGAUUUUAAAAGGGCCUGGUCGGUUUGGGAUGCCAUUCCACGGGCUCCACAGGGCUUUAAAAGGGCAACGCCUGCUGCCAUGAUGCAACCCCUGGGUCUGUCUUUAGCAGUUCCUGUCGCGGCCAUCGAUGUUCAGCCCCCUGCGGGGCCUCACUGGCCCAUACCGGAUGUUUCUGACCUGCUCAUACAAGAUGUUCCUGACCUGCUUGACGUGCCUGUCCCGCCUGUCCCGCCUGUGCUUCCUGUGCCUGUCCCACCUGUGCUUCCUGUGCCUGAUCCGCUUGUCCUGGUGGCUGCCGCACCGCCCAGCGAGGCUCCGCCUGAGAACCCUGCGGUGCCCCCUGCUGGUCCCGAGUCGGCGGUUCCUGCGGCGUCGGCGCCCUCCAAGGUUUCUGCAGCAUUGCCUCCCUCCGAGGUUCCUGCUCCACCUGCAGCUCUGCCUGAGGCUCCGCCCGCGCCUGGUGCUCUGGCUCCAGCUCCACCCGAGGUCUCGGCUCCGCCUCCUUUGAUGGAGGGAGAAGAGGACCUAGAAUGGGACCCCUCGGGGAUCUCCUUGAUGGCCCCAAGGUGCCCCUCCAAGGAACUGACUCCUCUGCCCUCACCCCGGCGCGGUCAAUCCCAGCCAGAACCCCACCUAUCGGUGUCCCGGAAAGGGAGAGGACAUAGGCGCAGGGGUCGGGUCCCGCCCACCCUACCCCCCUACUCGCCUGUGGUUCCUCGGGCUCCUGCUUUGCUGUCACCUGCAAGUCCCCCGGCAUCGCCUUGUCGACCACCUGCGGUCCCACCUCCAACGCCUCAUCGGCCCCCUGCGGGUUCGCCCGCUCUGACUCAUCUUUUUUAUUUUUACAAUUUUAGUAAUCCUCAAGAAUUUUUUACUGUCGUCACAAACAAGUUGUUGCAGCUGACAACAGCACACUGGGCUAUGAAAAAUGCAGUAAAACAGCACAGACCGUACACACAGAGUAUUAUUCACCAGACGGGAAACUAUGCAGCAAAAUGGCAGAUGACAAGCUCUGCUAAGUGUAAAUUUUUAAUUUUAUUUUUAUUUAUUUGAAUCUUUAGUAAACUAGCUUCAGAUGAAUCUAUGACUGAUUCAUAUAUUCACCCCACAUAUACAAGUAUGCGACUCCUUGCCAUUUUUGUGACUUUGAAACUGGUUCCACAAGAUUUUUAUUUACCUAUUGAUGUUUUCAAACUUCCUUAUUAAUUUACAUUCAGGAAUUACUUUUCUUUGUUGGAAAGCUGGGAAGCACUACAGGAUCCAAAGAAAUCGAGUGAACACGGGGAUUAUUAGAAAGCGCACAAGAAAGACUGACGUUAGACUUCAUGACAGCCCCCCACAAAGGCGCACAAUCUGGGCGUGCCUAAUGGUAGCGAAGAGAUGAAACCGGAGACACAACGGUACCUAGGGAAACAAAAGCAAAAAUGUCAACGAAGCACAGGGAAUAGGACCGACACACAAAACAGGCACCAGGACACCAACGGACACACCACAGGGAACAGGACCGACACACACAGGGGCACCAGAAACAGGAACACGGGACAACGAUGGGACAACAGCAGGGGACAAACCAACAGGAGGAGGAGCAAAGGAACCAGGUGGGAACAAAGGCACAGAGGGACAAGGAGCAAACACAGGGGGCACAAAGGCAGGGGGCAAGGAGGCAAAGGAUGGGGGGAAACGAGAAGCCAAACUGGAGGAGGCGAGGAGGGAACAGAAGCCGUGGAAAGCGAAGGCACCGUCACAGCAGCGACCGACGAAUUGGAGCCGGAGGACCCACAGGCGACCGAUGAGGCAUCGGAGGUGGGACCACAGCCAUCCAACGAGGCACUGCAGGUGGAACCGAAGGCGACCGCCUAGCCGAAGCCAGGGAGACCGCAGGCGACCGCCGAGCAGGAGCUGGAUGAACCGCAGGUGACCGCCGAGCCAAAGUCAGGGGGAUCAAAGGUGGGCCGGGGGGCAGGGCGGGUGGGACCCGACCCCAACACAGGUGCCCUCUCCCUAUCCGGGGGACCGAGAGAUGGGGACCUGGCCGGGAUCUGCCACGCUGGCGUGGUGGCUGGGGUGAUGCACCGGAGGGGUUCAGUGGGGCCAUCAGGGAAAUCCCCGAGGAUGGGAGUCGGGGGCACAGGAGUGGAACUGGGGGGACUGGAGCCGGAGGGUCAGGAACCAGGGGGGCUGGAGCAGAAACCAUCGGAGCAGGAACCACGGGGGGCAGAGCCCCUGGAGCAGGAACCUCCAGGACAGGAACCACAAGCUUGGAUGUGGGCGCCACCUCAGGGGAAGGAGCAGCAGGGACCUCAGGUGCAGCGGUAUCUCCUGAUGAGGAAGCUUGCUCCUUCUUCCUGAAGCGGAGCAGCUUCCUCAGCGUUUCCUCUGCUCUCUCCAGCAGAUAAUGUGCAGUCAUUAUCUGUUAAUGCCUCAAAAUGCAUGUAACCAUGGAACCAUGGAGAAGGCUGUCUCUGCUUGAAUAUUUCACUCUUCUGAGGCCUUCCAAUGCGUUGAUGGCCCUGGAAAUUGAAACAUGAUUCUGAAAGAGAAAAGGUAAGGAGCUGGGCAAGGAGAGAAAAAUAUAGAUCAUGACGAUCAAACAAAAAGUAAACAUGCAAUCAAGCUUUGUAUUAUGCACAUUCAUACGAUUUUCUUCACAUCAAAGAGAUAUUGCGUAAUGGACUGUGCAGCUGAAUGAACCAUUGUUUUUCUGUUAAGGUGCAUGGGCAAGGCCACUCACACCCAACAUUGUGGCUUCGGCUUCCAAGCCGCCUCACGCCUCCUCCCGGCCGAGCAGCACUGUCUCAUUGCCCCAUACUGCUGCCUUGGCCAGACACGUCUGGCAGUCGGCUUCUUAAUUUAUUCCAUGACUGUAUUUCUUAUUGUUUAACAAAUUAUGAUUGUGUAUGAGACAAAUAAACACUUGAAACUUG